AACCAGUCUUCACUGCUGAGAACAUGAUGUGGCUGCUCCAUUCUCUCAUGCUUGUCUUCUGCCUUGGCCCAGGGAAUGCAGGUUCACAAAGCAGUUCAACCCCAUUGAUGAUGAACGGGAUUCUGGGGGAGACAGUAACUCUUCCCCUGAAGUCUCCUGAAGGAGAGGAAAUCAAGUACAUCACCUGGCUCUACAAUGGAAUGUCUAUUGCCUUCAUAAAGCCAAGUGAAACAGGAAGUCCGCUAAUCGAGGUGACUGAUCCUAAACGAAGAGAGCGACUGACCUUCACCCCGUCCUACUCCUUGCAGCUCAGCAACCUGACAAUGGCAGACACAGGAUUUUAUGGUGCCCAGAUAACCUCAAAAAGCUCUACAACUGUAUCCUAUUACACUCUGAGGAUCUUCAGACGACUGAGGAAACUACAAAUUGACAAUCACUAUGUACACUUUGGGAACGGGACCUGUGAGAUCCAUCUGACCUGCUCUGUGGAGAAUACAAAUGACUCUGUCUCCUUCACCUGGCAUCACUUAGGAAAGCAAAUAUCACCAUCCAGGGAACUAAACAUCACCAUCUCCUUGAACCCUAAGAAUUCCAGUGAACAUAACUACACCUGCAUGGCUGAGAACCCUGUCAGCAAUUUAAUCAUCUCUGUCUCUGACCAGAUGUACUGCAAAGAUAACAGUUUUUCUAAAGAGAAAAAUCAACAGUUGCAUAUCAUAUGGAUUAUGACUGUGGUUCCUGUGAUAUGUAUUAUGUGUUGGCUUCUUUGGAAGAAAAGAAAAGGCAGGUUUUCUGUAUUCCUACCUGUCUCUUCAGGGUUCCAGGAAUUCACAGUCUGGGGCCUCUGGGCCCAUGGAUCUCUUGUGGAAGACAGGUGUCUUUCAUUUCUCUACUCAGCAAGCCCAGUGUCCUGCAGAGCCCCCGAGGACCAUGGAGUAUGCUUCAGUGUCUCCAGGGAACACUCUGUAUGCUCAGGUUUAUCACCCAAAGAAGAAAACCAAAAUCCCAAAGACUAUGAAAAAGAAUGAAUCAACCACAAUUUACUCCACUGUUCAGCAUUGCAAAGAGAGUAAAUCCAUUUCUUCCAGGGCAACUGCCCUUGACAACAUCAUCUAAGUUGCUGAAAUUCCUCAGAGGAAAUCAGGAGUGAUAUAUUUCCUAAUCCGUGGAAGAGAUCAAAAAGCAGGAAGCUUGGUUUUCUGCCAGGCAACAGAAUCUGGAUAUCUGGGAUCAUCACUUCCAGUCCUUCAGACUCGAACCUGCCAAUCUAAUUCAAACACUUAAAGAGUAACAUCAUUUCCAGCAUGUAAUCCAAAUGACAAUUUCCAAUCCACACUGGGCCAAAACGUGCUUCAAAUAACACACCUGCAUAUUGACUUUCUCCUUGGUACUAAGCAAAUGGAGUUAUGGUUGACAGAGGGAUUAUAAUUUGAAAGACAAAAAAUUCUCUUCUUUUAGAAAGCAGCAAGAUUGCCUCAAUGGGAGAGAGUACAGUGUGUCAGUUACAUGUGUAGUCUCUGGAACUGGAUGGAUCCAGACUCAUAUCCUCGUACACCAUUUAUCAAACAUAUAUCCUGGGACAAGUUACCUAACCUCUCAGAACUCUGGUCUCCUCAACUGAAAAAGGAGGACAACAGUAAAACAUUGGCCACAUCGCUCAAGCCAGGAACCUAAGUCAUUCUUGACUCCAGCUUCUCCAUCACCAGGCCCUUUGGAUUCUACCUCUAAAACAUAUCUUGGACCUAUUCAUUUCUCUCCAACUCCUCAUCCAUCAUGUUAUAUCCAACCAUCACCAACCCUAACCUGGAAUUCUACAAUAACUUUCAAACUGCUCUCCCCACUUUGCUCUUGUUGCCCUCUAAUCCAUCCUCCUCAAAACCACAAGAGGAAUAUUUUUUGAUGUAAAUCAAAUCCUUCACCUGUCUGCUUAAAACCUUUCAAGGUUUCCCACUGCACUCAAAAUGAAAUCCAGCCUCCAUGGUCCUGCAAGCACUGUCUCAUUUCCAGCCUUGCCUGGCAUCACUCUCUCCCCGCUGUCUGUACCUAGCCUCCUUGCUCUACUUUCAGCUCCUCUCCUAGAGAAAAGAGUUCUCCAUGUUAGGGUUAUUCACACCUGCCUCAAGGCCCUUCCUCUGCCUGGCUGGCUCCUUGUUCUUCAGGUCUCGCCCUAAAUGUCACCUUCUAAGAGAGACCUUCCCCGAGCACUUGCUCUCAGGUGGUUCUCCUAUUAUUCUGUCACACCUUCCAUGCCUUCUACCACAUGUACUGAAUAUUUAUUUUUGUUUAUUUAUUUAAUAUCUAUUUCUGUCAAUAUACUGUAAGCUCUUUGGGGGCAGGCACCAUGAUUGUUUUGUGCUAGCACCUAGCACAGUAACUAGUACAUAGCAAAUGUUCAGUAAACAUUUUUAAAAUAAAUAAAUGAACAUGCCGUGGGGUUUUUGUGAGAAUUACAAAAGAUAAAUUUAUCUGAAGCCCUUAGCAUAGUGCCUAGCACCUAAAAUAGCUCAAUAAAUGUUAAGCAUCCUUCUUGUUGUUACUUUGGUAAUAUUAUUAUUAAAUUACAUUCUCCUGAACUCACAGUCGUCUCACAAACCUUCAACACAGUAAGAAACGAGACAGGGCAUGCUGUCUGCUUACCUCCCCUCCACAUCCAUUCCUGCCUUCUUUCUGCUCAAGUUUUCAAAUUCCAUUCUUCUACUCCAUAUGAGGAAUAUUGCUCCUCUAACCUUGGGAAGAAUUCUCCGAUUUGUGUGUGAGUGUGCAUGUGUAUGUGUGUGUAGAUGUGUGUGUAGAUUUGAGGUAUUUUAUUAUAAUGUAUGUUUUAGUGUAUUUUUUUCUGAUCACAAAAAUAAUAAAUACAUGCUCAUUAUAAAUACUUUAAACACUACACACUAAUUUU